CUCACUGUCCUACAGCUCAGUCCCAUUAGAUUUAUUAAUAAUUGAGUUUAUUGUUUUCAUUAACUUCCUCAAUUAUCAGGGUUUUCGUAAAUACGAUGGCAACGAUUGCAUCACAUGAAUCGUUAGCUGCUAUGGGAGACUUAGUCUCUAAACUUGUUCAAAAGCAUGGGCAGAAGAACAAGCAAAUUUUAGAUGGAGAUUUUGUUGUCCGCAAAAGAAAGAAAGUUGAACAGAAGUCCAGAAAGGAGCUGAUUGAAAAAAAGAAAGCCAAGAGGGACAUUCUUGAGAUGGGAAGACUUGAUAGUUCAUCCACUGAUGUCAUUAAUGAGCGAAAACUAAGCAAAGUAGCAACUAAAGGAAUAAUACAACUAUUCAAUGCCGUCAAACAACAUCAAAAAGAUGUUGACAGCAAGUUAAAAAAGGUCAAAACAGAAGCUGCAAGAGACAAGAUUCACCAAAGUGUUACAACUGGAUCUUUUCUUGAUCUUGUGCGUCCCAAAAAUAAUCCUGUCGAAAAAUCAGAAGAGGACAAAAAAUGGAAUGUUUUGAAAGAUGACUUUAUGAUGAACAAUAAAGUGAAAGACUGGAAAAAAACUGAUGAAGAGGAGGAAGAGGAGAGUGAUGGGAGCAUAGACGGAGAUGUUGAAUCCAGUCAGUCAGACAAUGAAUCGAAUGACUCAGAUUGCAGUAGUGAUUAGUUUGUAUCUGGUAUAGCAUUGAUUUUAUUAGAAGAUUAUACAGGACACCAACGAUAUACCCGAUUACUACUCGGUGAUCCGUGAUAACAUCGUUUUGCUUAUCUGUUCUCAGUUGUCUAAUUAAAGGGAGUUGCUGAAAAUUUACUCUAAACGCAUAUUGGGUUUUUACAAGAAGUUUGUGGUUUAAAGUGAUGAAUUUUGAAAGUAUUUUUGACCAUAUGCACAUAAUUAUGGCACAUUCUGACUUUCUGAAUCUGUAUUAGAAUGAUUCCUUCAAAUUUAAUUUAUUAUUUUAUCAAACCA